AUGCCGGAGCAGGCGUGCGCGUGGCUGCGGAAAUGCAAGGCUGUGAUCCUCGACCUGGACGGCGUCGUCUACUUGGUCAAUAAAAAAAUUCCCGGCGCCGACACUACCAUCAACACUUUUUACCAGAAAGGACUCAAGGUCUUUUUUCUGACAAACAACAGCACGGCUUCGCGCAACGACUUGGUACGCAAGCUGCGUAAACUCGCGUACAACAAGUUCAAGUGCCCGAUCUACUUCAGUAACUGCGACAAGAAGUUUCCGGGGCCGACGCUUGUGCUGCCGGGCGCAGGCUCUGUGUUCGAGUCGGUCAUCCAAACAUAA